CACACACCUACACACACUCACACCAUUACAUCACAAUCAUGCCGCUUCUCGAUUCCCACCUAGAACAGAUUGCACUCUCUUCAAGUGCGAUUGCUGAACUGCCUUUUCCAGCGCCCCGCACCUUCACAAACGCGUUGCUGGGCUCUCAUGAUAUAACCGCUUUGAUCCGGGACACUGAAGCCCACGAAAGAGCCCUAUUCCAAGUGGAUCCAUCCACCAAAGCACAUGGAUCACGACGUGCCACCCGACGCGGGACGACCUUCUCCGCCGAGUCCGACAACGAAUCUAUGGCCACUCGAAUCUACUCCGCGCGGAAUAAUCGCAGCCAAUCGGCAGUGGCGCGUGUACUAGGAUCGGACAUGAUGGAUGAAAUCAAACGGUCUACAGGCACAUCCACUCGGGGGGCUCGGGGGAAGUAA